AGGCCGCCGCUCGUUACAAUGGUUGCAGCGCCGGAGCCCCGCUAGGCUCACCUCGCAGAAGCACCAGCCCGGGCGGUGCGCGGAGCGGGGUGUCCCGCCGCUGCGGGGCUUGGCCGCAGGGUCUCUGCUGCUGGCACAGGACAGAGCCGGGGGGCUGCAGGGAGGCGAGCGUGUGGCGUUCUCUGCCGUCUCCGUGCAGGGCAGGAGCGGCGGUGCCUGGGCUGGAGGAGAUGCUGCUGCUCCCCUUUGCCUCCCUCCCCGGGCUCUUCUGCAGACUCCAGCCACAGCCAGCACCACUGCGCGGGGAGGGUGAAGGCUCAGACUCCUCAUCUCCAUCACCCCCCUGUAUGUUGGGAUUGGGUCUCUAGACCGGCUGGUAAUAUGCACGUGUCACUGGCUGAAGCCCUGGAGGUUCGGGGAGGGCCGCUGCAGGAAGAGGAAAUAUGGGCUGUAUUGAAUCAAAGUGCGGAAAGCCUUCAAGAGUUAUUCAGAAAAGCUGAUCCUACUGACCUGGGCUUCAUCAUUUCUCCAUGGUCUUUGCUGUUGCUUCCAUCUGGGAGUGUGUCAUUUACAGAUGAAAAUGUUUCCAACCAGGACCUGCGAGCAUUCACGGCACCAGAGGUUCUGCAGAACCAGUCACUGUCAUCUCGUUCAGAUGUUGAAAAGAUUCAUGUUUAUUCUCUUGGUAUGACUCUUUACUGGGGAGCUGACUAUGAAGUCCCUCAAAGCCAACCUAUCAAACUUGGGGAUCAUCUAAACAGCAUACUGCUUGGCAUGUGCGAAGAUGUCUUUUAUGCCCGUGUGUCUGUACGGACGGUUCUGGAUGCCUGCAGUGCCCACAUAAGGAACAGUAAUUGUGCACCUUCUUUCUCCUAUGUGAAACAGUUGGUUAAACUGGUUCUGGGAGGCCUCUCUGGGGUCGAUCAGCUUUCCUGCAACGGAGAAAGAAAAUUGCAGACAGACAGAAGCCAGGCCAUUCGGGAUAGGCUGAGAGGGAAAGGACUUCCCACAGGACGAAGUUUAAUGGGUGAUGCAUCAGAAGUACAAAAGGCUCAAUUCUCUCAACAGGCCAUGCUGAACAAAGGGCUUAGUAAAUCUAUGGGAUUCCUGUCCAUCAGAGGAGCAAAAGGCGAGGAAGAUUUUUUCCAAAGCAUAUCCUCAGAUUACUACUCUGGACGUGAAGAUGCUUGCUGUCCUUAUCGGUGUAGAACUGAUGACUUGGGGGGGAAAAGUAACGUUGGAGAAGACAGUGCUCCCAAACGGAAGGUUUGGGCUUCCUCCACAGACUUGCUGUGUACAACUAACAAAGCAACUGAGACAGACCAUUCUCCAGAGUCUCACAGACACAACAAUCACUAUGAGACAGUUACAGUACGGACUUCAACUACCACUAGGAACAAGGAAGCAAGAUAUUCUGAUGGAAGCAUAGCACUGGAUGUCUUCGGCCCUCAAAAACUGGAACAAGUGCGCCUGGUGCCAGAGUCAUCAACCUCUGCAGCACUAUCGUGUGCCUUUGACAGGAUCAGAGAGAGACAGAAGAAAUUGCAGGCUCUGAGGGAAGCCAUGAAUGUAGAAGAACCUUUGAGAAGGUACAAAUCUUACUACAGUGAUGUCUAUAGUACCUCCAGUGAAAGUCCAUCGAUUACUUCUUCUGAGCCAGAUUUCAGGCAAGUGAGAAGAAAUGAGGGUUUAAAGAGAGAUGACUCCGGUGCUGCUUUACCAGGAGCUGAUGAUAUCUCUCCAUCAAGUCAAGUUCAUCCUCUAAGGUCAAGUAGGCAAUAUGAAGCAGCACCUGAAGGCAACCUGAUAAGCCAAGAAAUAAUGUUAAAGCGUCAAGAAGAGGAAAUGAUACAGCUGCAGGCUAGAAUGGCUCUUAGGCAGUCUCGACUAAGCCUCUACCCAGGAGACCUGAGUAGGACAUCAAUGCUGGACAUCACUAGAGACCCUCUGAGAGAGAUAGCAUUGGAAACAGCCAUGACCCAAAGAAAACUGAGGAAUUUCUUUGGCCCCGAGUUUGUGAAAAUGACCAUUGAGCCAUUCAUCUCCUUGGAUCUACCAAAGUCAAUCUUGACAAAGAAAGGGAAGAAUGAGGAUACCAGGCGGAAAGUAAACAUAAUGCUUUUAAGUGGGCAGAGGCUGGAGCUGACCUGUGAUACCAAAACUAUUUGCAAAGAUGUUUUUGAUAUGGUGGUAGCCCAUGUUGGUUUAGUGGAGCAUCACUUGUUUGGCUUGGCUAGCCUAAAAGACAAUGAAUUUUUCUUUGUUGAUCCUGACUUAAAACUAACUAAAGUUGCUCCGGAAGGAUGGAAAGAGGAACCCAAAAAAAAGAGCAAAGCCACAAUCAACUUCACCUUGUUCUUUCGCGUUAAGUUUUUCGUGGAUGAUGUCAGUCUUAUACAGCACACUCUGACAUGUCACCAGUAUUAUCUACAGCUACGGAAAGAUCUCCUGAAGGAAAGGAUGCAUUGUGAUGAUGAGACAGCUUUACUGCUAGCAUCCCUGGCCCUGCAGGCUGAGUAUGGAGAUUACCAGGCUGAGGUGCAUGGCAUGUCCUAUUUUAGACUAGAACAUUACCUACCAGCUAGAGUGAUGGAGAAACUAGACCUAUCCUACGUCAAAGAGGAGCUGCCCAAACUGCAUAGCACUUAUGUGGGUGCUUCUGAAAAAGAAACAGAGAUAGAAUUUUUGAAGAUGUGCCAGAGGCUGACAGAAUACGGCAUUCAUUUUCAUCGGGUGUUGCCUGAGAAGAAAUCCCAAACUGGAAUCCUGCUGGGAGUGUGUUCCAAGGGAGUUCUUAUUUUCGAAGUUCACAAUGGAGUCCGCACACCCGUACUUCGCUUCCCAUGGAGAGAAACAAAGAAAAUAUCCUUUAGCAAAAAGAAAAUAACUCUGCAGAAUGUGUCAGAUGGUAUAAAGCAUGCAUUCCAAACUGACACUAGUAAGACUUGCCAAUACCUCCUGCACCUCUGUUCUUCCCAGCACAAAUUCCAGCUACAGAUGAGAGCCAGACAGAGCAACCAAGACACUCAGGACAUUGAGAGAGCAUCAUUCAGGAGUCUGAACCUUCAUGCUGAGUCUGUUAAAGGAUUUAACAUGGGACGUGCAAUCAGUACAGGCAGUCUGGCCAGCAGUACGUUGAACAAGCUCCGACCUUUGUCAGUUCAAGCUGAAAUUUUGAAGAGACUCUCUUGCUCUGAGCUGUCACUUUUUCAACCAUUUCCUGGCUGCUCCAAAGAGAAGAAUGAGAAAGCUUCAUGGGAAGAAAGACCCAGAGCCAUGAGCAAAUCAUUUCAUGAUCUGAGUCAGAGCCAGAUCUCUAUUUACCCCCAUCGGAAAAAUGUUCUCACCGCUGUGAAUUCCUCCCCACGGAAAAUGGAGGAGCUGAUAGGAAGAAUCUUCCAACAGACGCCAAAAUCUGAUGCUGGAGCAAUGAAACUGAACAAUUCAAAAUCUCUUGCAGGUUUAAAUAGAAGCCUUGAAAGGAGGAAAAAUGAAUCAGACUCAUCAUCCAUUGAAGAUACUGGUCAAGCUUAUGUUGUAGGUAUUAACAUGAAUAGUUCUGGAAAUCCUGCAUCAGCGCCACUGCAAGAAAAUGUGUCCUUGCCAGAAAGGGAGAUAACCUUGGUGAAUCUGAAGAAAGAUGAGAAACAUGGCUUAGGAUUUCAGAUUGUUGGUGGGGAGAAGACUGGAAAACUUGAUCUGGGAAUUUUUAUUCAUUCAGUAAUUCCUGGAGGGCCAGCCGACUUGGAUGGGUCCUUAAAACCAGGAGACCGUCUAAUAUCAGUGAACAGCGUGAGCUUAGAGGGUGUCAGCCAUCAUGCAGCAUUAGAAAUUCUGGAGAAUGCUCCUGAAGAUGUGACGCUUGUUAUCUCUCAGCCCAAGGACAAACUUUCCAAAGUGUCAUCUAUAAAUCUUGCCAAUGGAACAAAGAGUUAUUUAAGGAGGCCUUCAUCAAUGCAGGACAAUGAGGCAGAAUCAUCUUCAGAGGAACGCAACAGGUCACGAGGUCACCAGAGGCCCAUCUCGGGGAGUUCAUCUGGAUUGUCUGUGGGCAAACAGGACAGAAGCCUGAGCUCUCAAGAUUCCAGGACUGAAAGUGCCAGCCUGUCUCAGAGCCAAACAAAUGGCUUCUUUGGCAACCACAUCGAUGACAGAGCCCAGCAGGGUUUGCAGCACUGCAGUGAUUCUCAGUCUGCCCUUUCCAAAACUAAUGAGAAAAAAAGGAACUCUGCAGAUGAUAUCCAGGCAAAAGUGAAAAGGCCUGGGGUAGUGGAAACGGUGGAUUAUUCUGACCGAGGGGAUUCUGACAUGGAUGAAGCAACUUACUCCAGCAGUCAGGAGCAACAGGCAGCUAAAAAGGAGUCUUCCUCAGUGAAUACAACAAACAAAAUGAAUUCUAAAAAGCUUUCUGCAGCACCUCUUAAACCUGGAGAUAUCUUUGAGGUCGAACUAGCCAAAAAAGAUAGCGGCUUGGGAAUAAGUGUCACGGUACUGUUUGACAAGGGUGGUAUAAACACCAGUGUAAGACAUGGUGGCAUUUAUGUGAAGGCCAUUAUUCCUAAGGGAGCAGCUGAGGCUGAUGGUAAAAUUCAGAAAGGUGACCGUGUGCUCUCUGUCAAUGGGAUUAGUUUGGAGGGUGCUACCCAUAAACAAGCUGUGGAAACCCUGAGGAACACUGGCCAGGUAGUUCAUCUGCUGCUGGAGAAGGGGCAGCUUCCAGUGGCCAAAGUUCAUGCUCCCAUUACACCGCAGUGCACUCCUCCAAAUCAGGCAGGACAAAGUGAGCCCCAGAACAAACCAGAGAAAAAAAUGACAAAUACCAAAGACUACAACUUUGUCACUGAAGACAACACAUUUGAGGUAAAGUUGCUGAAGAACAGCUCAGGCCUGGGGUUCAGUUUUUGUCGUGAAGACAACCUUACUCCAGAGCAAUUGGGCUCAAGCAUAGUGAGGGUUAAAAAGCUCUUCCCAGGGCAGCCUGCAGCUGAAAGUGGGCAGAUUGAAGUUGGGGAUGUCAUCCUGAAAGUGAACGGAGCUUCGUUAAAAGGACUAUCCCAGCAGGAGGUCAUCUCAGCACUCAGAGGAACAUCCCCAGAAGUCUCUCUCCUCCUUUGCAGGCCACCACCUGGUAUACUACCAGAAAUUGAUCCUUCUCUGUUGACUCCCAUACAUUCCCCACAACAAAUAUUUCCAGACAUCAGCACAGAAACUUCUGGGGCGUCAAAUGGAGAUCAAGGUAACAGUUCAGAUGAAAAUGAAGUGACUGAUAAGAGCAAGAAGCGACUAAAAUCCCCAUCUAGGAGAGACAGCUACAGUGACAGCAGUGGGAGUGGUGAAGAAGAGGUAGUGGUGACCCCAACACAGAUAGCAAGCCCUGGCUGGAAUUCUGCCCUGUACCAAACUCUAGACAAAAUGAUGACUCCAGCACACACUCAGUAUGAAACUCCUUGUAGCCAGGAAGAAGCAAUUCGUACCAUCUACUACUCUGCUCAUGAGACUCCCAGCAAGCCAGAGUUUGAGGACAGUAAUCCUCCAUCUCCUCUACCACUGGACUUGCCACCAAUACCAAGCUGUAGAACGGUUACUGAGAUUGCUAUCCCUGGUUUAAUGGAUGAUGCCUACAUCAGUACCACCUCAGAGCUAGUUCCACAAAGAGAGAAGAUAACAUCACUGCUCAACCAAUUUGAGAAACAUGCUGAUGAAUAUGAACCAGAGGUGGAACUCCAUGUUACCAUGACUAAAUCAGAAAAAGGUAGCCUGGGCUUUACAGUGACCAAAGGCAAUGAUAACAUUGGUUGUUACAUUCAUGAUGUUAUUCAGGAUCCUGCCAAAAGUGAUGGGAGGCUCCGACCAGGAGACCGGCUUAUCAAGGUUAAUGACAUGGAUGUCACUAACAUGAGUCACACAGAAGCAGUCAGUUUUCUCCGAGCUGCACCAAAGACUGUCAGAUUAGUGGUUGGACGGGUUCUGGAGUUACCAAAGAUUCCAGUGUUGCCCCAUUUGCUGCCUGAUAUUACAUUAACGUGCCAUAAAGAAGAGCUGGGCCUGUCUAUAUCAGGAGGUCAUGACAGCCUUUACCAGGUGGUAUACAUUAGUGAUAUAAAGCCAAGGUCAAUUGCUGCCAACGAGGAAAGUCUCCGUACAUUGGAUAUCAUCCAUUAUAUUAAUGGAGUCAGCACACAGGGAAUGACUCUGAAAGAAGCCAAAAGAGCCCUGGAAAUGUCACUUCCUAAAGUGGUGCUGAAAGCUACAAGAGAUGGUCACCCAUUGAUUCCAAAGUCCAGGGGCUCUGUUAGCUCAAGUCCAAAGUUAAUGAAAGCUAAUGGCCAUCCCCAUGGAGAUCACUAUGGCAAAACAGAAACAGCACCUGAUAUUUAUGUCCCCAAGGUUAAUGGGGAAAGCAUGAUAGGAGUUUCUCAUGCAAAUGCAGUAAGCAGCAUUCAUCAGGCAGAUUUCUCCAAGAACAGUGAUCACUCAGAAACUGAGAUACUGGAGGAUGACUAUUAUGAUGAGGAUGACCACAAUGACGUUGUUCAGUAUCUGCUGAAUGUUGUAGACGAGGAAGCCCAGAACCUCUUAAAUCGCAAUAAUGCAACCACAGCAGGUUCUUUAGAGACCACUGGGAAGCUGGCAGAAGAAAAAGCUGAAGACACGGACUGUGAUGGGUCAUCUUUGCCUGAAGACUUUCCAGAGCCGACACAAAUAAAUGGCUGUGAAGAACAUUGUGAAGACAAAGUAAUGCCUGAAAGGUCACCUCAACAACCUCUUUCGGGACAAGCGGAUGAAGAUGAAAUUACAUGGGGAAGUGAUGAACUCCCUAUUGAAUCAAUAAAUCAGGAACACCUGUCUAAAGAUUGCCCUUUAGUGACAAAUGAAGAGCUCUCUGCACUCCCAAUUGUCAGAGUGCUUCCUUCAGGCAAAUAUACUGGAGCCAAAUUGAAGUCAGUCAUCCGAAUGUUACGUGGACUACUGGAACAAGGAGUACCUUCUAAAGAGAUUGAGAACCUGCAAGACUUAAAGCCUUUGGAUCAGUGUUUGGUUGGACAAACUAAAGAGAACAGGAGGAAGAACAGAUAUAAAAAUAUACUUCCCUAUGAUACCACUAGAGUCCCCCUAGGAACUGAAGCUGGAUACAUCAAUGCCAGUUUCAUAAGAAUGCCGGUGGGGAAUGAAGAAUUUGUCUACAUUGCAUGUCAAGGACCGCUCCCUACUACAGUAGCAGACUUCUGGCAAAUGACUUGGGAACAAAAGUGUACUGUAAUAGCCAUGAUGACCCAGGAAGUAGAAGGAGAAAAGAUAAAAUGCCAGCGUUAUUGGCCUGAUGUGCUUGGCAAAACUAUCAUGGUCAAUGACAGACUCCGGCUGGCCCUUGUGAGACUGCAACAACUGAAAGGCUUUGUCAUUAGAGUGCUGGAGCUAGAAGAUAUUCAAACUGGUGAAUUACGGCGUGUUUCUCAUUUGAAUUUCACUGCCUGGCCAGACCAUGAUACACCAUCUCAACCAAACGACCUGCUCACUUUCAUCUCCUACAUGAGGCACAUCCAUAAAUCGGGACCUAUCAUCACUCACUGCAGUGCAGGCAUUGGACGUUCAGGGACACUUAUUUGUAUCGACGUGGUUCUAGGAUUAAUCAGCAAGGAUCUUGAUUUUGACAUCUCUGAUUUGGUGCGUACAAUGAGACUACAGAGACAUGGAAUGGUUCAGACGGAGGAUCAGUACAUUUUCUGCUAUCAAGUUGUCCUCUAUGUCCUGAAACAUCUCCAAGCUGAAGAACAGAAGAGUGGCAAAUAAAAUACCAGAGCCUGAAGUGCUUUUAAAAAAAAAAAAAAGGCAACAAAAGCAGAGGCUCCUGCAUAUUUUGUUCAUUCUGCCAAUAUUAGUCCAGUCCUUUUCUUCAUUCUCUAUCAACCAUCUCUUCUAUGCAGUCUGUCCUUCAUGCCACUUAUAGUACAUGGUAAAGGGCAAGACAAUGCAGUACCACUACUCCCUCCCCCCCAUCCCAUAGUUUUGGGUUUCUUUAUGUACCAGGAAAAAUAAUAUUUAAUAAAGUUGCAUUUUUGCAGCUUCCUUACUCUCCGAUAAAUGACUGAAGUAAAAAUGUUUUAAUUAAAAAUUGUAAUAAUGCCUUCUGUGGGUAUGCAACUAUUUUUAGUAUUUGUUUCUGCUGCAGUGGGAGGAGGGUGGGAAAAUAAGGCAGUAUUUUAUCCUGGUGAUUUUCUUACAGGGACGUUUUAUUAGUCUAUUUUAAAAGCUUGUUUAUAGCAGAUCUCACUUUUUCAGCAUUUUGAUAUAGUAGAGCGAUUUUAUAGGGAAUACUUGAAAUCAGUAUUUAAGCUUUACAAACUUUACACCUAUUAGCCUAGAAAAGAGUAGUGAAUGUUUACUGUAAGUAUCACAGUUUAUAAUGUUUACUUCAUAAGAGUUUCAUGUAUAUAUUUAUAUACUUUUACAAAAAAAAGCUGAAUUAUCAGGUGCCUAAACUUAUAACUGAUUAGGCAUUUCCACUAUGUAAAUAAAAAUACACUUUAAAAUGUA